UUUGUCAAUUUCUGUCUAUAUUAACGCUACAAUCUACUUCUAAUAUUUCGAAUGUCUUUCUGACUUCAUCUUUUCCUUCUCAUAUGAGAAGUGCCGAGGCAAUGUCGCAUAGUUUUGGCAUGUCGAUGUGGUACUGAUCAGUACCGCACUCUAAUACAAAAUUCAGCAUAAACAAUCAUAAUAAAGAACUAAUUAAAUUGAUUAAAUAAAUUAUCAGUGCGGCACCCAUGCGGCACUGAUUUUUGCCAGUGUGGCUCCCGUGCGACACUCUUUCGGCAGAAAUAUAUCGGCACUGGUGCGCACCGGUGCCAGCCAGUGCCAGUGACCGACGGCAUGCCAUGCGCGCCGGUGCGCACUGAAAUUUUUUUAAUAGGGUUAGUUUUCAGUCCUGAUACGCAUCAAAAAAACAAACAUUGAUAUUUCUGAAUCAAUGCAAGCAUUUUAAUAGUUACUUUUUUAUUCUGUAUAUAGACAAUUUGUCCGACAUCGAUGAAAAGAUUAUUACCCAACUUCUAGAACAAGAACAACAAGCGCAAGAAUUGCCAGCAACCGGGUUAAGCAUCGCUAAUCAUAAUAUUAUUGAGCAUCAAUUGGCAAGUAUAUUAUCGAAUAUUAAUGCUAGUCAUCGAAUGUCAAUGAAAAUGAAAGAUGAGCCGGCGGAAAGCUAUCAUGUACGUUAUAUGAGCGAUAUGAAUUCAAGUCGUGCAAGAUAUGUACUUGCCUGUAAGAAAAUAGCUAAUGGAAAAAAACGUAAAACCCAUCCAUCAAUAGAAAUACCUGACUUGCGACCUUUGUUACCUACCGGCUGGCUGGCGUAUGUUCGAGUUAGCCGUAUACUAACAAAAUUAUUAGAUAAUAAACAGUAUCACCAUCCAUAUCCAUUGACGUCAAAUGAUGUCCAUGUACUCCUUGGUGAAGGAUCGCUUUAUGAUUUAAUAGACGAAACAGAAAUGAUGCUUCGUUUUAAAAAGUAA